UCAACACUUCAGGUGUCGUGUGCAACGCGUGCACUUCUACGUUGCACUUUUUGAUCUCCAACAACUUGAAGGAUGUGGCGUUUGACAGCGUCUCUGCUAGUGCUGACUCUAGCCAUAGCCUCUCCCAAUGGAUACAAUUACAUACCACCAGUUCAACAAUGUCCUAUUAUUACGUCCAUGGUCUAUAGCACAAAGAUUCAAACGUCUGUUUUCUUUCAAACUCAAAAUCAAGUCAACACCCAGGUAGUCACGACAACAGUCGUGCGGCAGGAAGUUGUUCCCACCACAGUUUUCAACACAAGAUUCCAGACAAAUCAGCAAGUACAAACAAGCUUCAUAACUCAAACCACAACUAUCUUUGAUAACAGGGUUGUGACACAAACUGUUAACGCUCAAAAUCAGCAGCAAACAGUCUUUGUCACUUCAACGCAAAUUAUCCCACAAAUCUCUUUCGUCACACAGACACAAUAUAGGACGCAAUUCCAGCCUGUUGAAGUCACUCGCACUCAGAUACAAACAAUCAAUAGACCAGUAACAGACUUCCGCACAGAGUUUCAACGUGAGACACAGUUCAUCACGAUUCCAGGUCCUGAUGUAAUUCGUACACGUGUUCAGACUCUUGUUAGGACAUCACUUGUGAGGAGAGAGGAAGAUGGCAACACACAGUUUGUCACAUCCACACAAUUUGAGCAAGAUGUUCGGACGUCUAUUGUACAAGGGCAAAAUGUAAUUAGUACAUCUUUUGUUAAUAAUCAACAAGUUCUCACUGUCACAUCCAUAAACACUCGAUUCGAGAAUGCAUUCACCACUCAGGAACAGGUUGUAACUAGAACAAAUUUCAUCACACAGACCAGUUUCCAAACGCAGGUUAAUUCCCAAGAUUUUGUUAGCACUCAGAUUGUGUCAACGACAAUCUUCACUACUUUAAUUGAAACUCGAGUACAGCCCUUCACUCAGGUUCAGACUGUUGUUCAGACACAGUUCAAUACUCCUGCUCCAGUUAUUCGCACAGUCCAGCUAACCCAAACCUCAGUCAUCCAGCUGCCAGGUCAAGAUCGUAUUGUUAAUCAACGAGUUUUCCAAACGCGACAGCAAAAUCAGAUCAUCUUCCAGACUGUGAAUCAGCCACAGGAGAUUACAGUAACUCGGACUGUUACAGGAAGCUGUGGUGGUGCAUUUGGAGGAGAUUUUGAUGGAUUUGGAGCCGGAGGGGCUGGUGAUGGAUUUGGAAUAGGAAUUGGUAGUGGCAUUGGCGAUGGAUUUGGAGUUGGUACUGGAAGUGGAUUUGGAGGUGGUUUUGGAACUGGCUCAGGAUUUGAUGAUGGAUUUGGAGAUGGUAUUGGUCUAGGAGGUUCUGGCGGUGAUGGAUUUGGUAGUGCAUACAGUUAUAGUAGGCCAACUCCUGCUUUGAACUAUGGCAAAUAAAGAUAAGCCAUUAUAUUUACGGGAGAUUUAUGUAAAUUUCUUUAAAAAGCAACUACCAGCAUUUAGCAACUUCAAAGAGGGCACACUGUGAAAUAAAUAAGAUUAUUUGUAUCAGCAGAAAAAAACAUGUUCUUUUUUUUAUAAAUUUCAGC